AUUCAACUGCUCCGGAACUGUCCCCCUGUGCUGGGUGGGAUCUUCAACAGUCAAAAUAAAGCCCCAAACGGAAACGGCGGCAGCAGUAGUGGUGCCGGAGGACCAAGGGCAGGAACUGCACCUUCAGCAGGUACCGCCUCCCUUAGAGCAACAUCAGCAGCAUCAUCAUUAUCAUCCACACCAUCAUCAGCAGGUUGUGGCGGAAGACGGUAGGCAACCGCUGACGGCUGAAAGAGAAAACGUUUCACCGGCCAUAUCGUCGGAGCGAAGUUCCCCUUCGUUCGGAUCCGGCUCAGCUUCUGCCUCCGGCAUCGAAAUUCAGCAGCAGCAACGAUCAACCGAUUCGGCUUCCCAAACUCCUCGGCAGGAACUGAAUUUGCUCGAGUUGCAUCUAGAGCAAGGCUGUUCAUCGCAAUUGUACUUCCAUCAGCAGCUGGCACAGGACGAAUUCGGCGGUCCAGUCACGGAGCCAGAAACGUGUUUUCCAACAUCCCCUUUACUUAAAACUGCGUUGAUUCCGGAACAAUCGUCGUCAUUCGGAAACGGAUCGAAUCUUGACGAAAAUCACAUACAUCCUGGCCGGGAAGAUCAUUGUCAACAACCAACGAGUAUUGCCAGAAACGAAGAUCCUGUGGAGGACAACAGCAGCGUCGAUGAACAAGGAUAUAACGAAACGCCAGUAAAUCAUCAGCAACAGCAGUUUAACCAUCAGCAACAACAACAGCAGGGAUCGGAUAUGCCAGUAAAAGUUGACAUUGUCCCCCCACCACCAAACAACUCCAAGCAAUUGGGCGUAACCAAAUCGCUUCUAUACAAUGGCUCCAAGUUCCGGGGCUUCCAGAAGUCCAAGGGCAACUCGUACGAAGUGGAAGUGGUGCUGCAGCACGUGGACGAAGCCAACUCGUACCUCUGCGGGUACCUCAAAAUAACCGGGCUUACGUUCGAAUUUCCCACGCUGACGACCUUCUUUGACGGAGAGAUUAUUUCUAAGAAAUAUCCAUUCCUCACCCGCAAGUGGGACGCCGACGAGGAUGUCGAUCGGAAGCAUUUUGGUAAAUUUGCGGCUUUCGUAGACUAUCAGAAGAACUUUAACUCAGACGACUUUGACUAUGAAGCGCUGCAGAAGAGUGACUUUGUCUUCAUGAGAUGGAAAGAGCAUUUUUUGGUACCUGACCACAAAAUAAAGGACAUCAACGGGGCAUCCUUUGCAGGGUUUUAUUACAUUUGCUUUCAGAAGUCGCGGGCAGUGAUGGAAGGUUAUUACUAUCACAGAUCUUCUGAAUGGUAUCAAUCCUUAACGCUGGAACACGUACCCGAAUCCUGCAUUCAGAUUUAUGAAUUCAGAUAAAUCUACUUACAAAAUGCGGAAAUUAAUUAGUUGUUAUCUCAUGUUGUUGAGACGGCAUGCGACACCGCUUAUUUAAAAAUGCAAAAUCACGUACACAAUUACCAACAUCAACAUCAGAGCAACGGCAAAAACGAAACGAAACGAAAUGAAAUGAUAAGCGGGUUACCUACAUAUACUUCUGGGAAGGCAGAUAGAUUGAAUUUUUCAGUAAGUAUACCUCUUUUGAGCACUUUACCGUCACUCUUCGCCGAUUAGAAUAUAACGAGAAACAACAGCAACAAAAAUGAGUUCUCUACUAAGCAAAGCAACAAUUGUAAAACAAUUUAUUGUUACUUCUGUCACUUAAACUGUACAACCACCAACCAUUUGACAAACAACACAAAAUAAGUGUUGAAGAACCCUGCACUCGUCAGCGCAGAUUGAAAAGAAACAUUUAAAGCUGUAGACCGUUAGUGGCGUUAAAUUAGUCCGUUCAGUUAUAAAAAGAGUAAUCGACAACAGAAAACUAAAUUAUUAACACUGAAAUAAAUUAACAGUAAUUUUAACUCGAGACAAAACUUAUAUUUUCCGCUCUUUGAAUGAUUAAAUUUUCACAGAAAUACAAUAUAUAAUCUAACAUCUACCUGAAUGCCAUUACGUUUUGUUGAAAUACAUACUAACGUUAGUUUGAUCGAUUCUUGAAUAAUAUUAACCGGUAGUAACUGGCGAGACGCUAUCUUGCUAGCGAGAACAAGUAUAGAAUUGACGAGAGAUAAUCGACUGCGCAAUUUUGUAAAACUGUGAGCAGAUGUGGGAAAAAGGAUCAAGCGAAAGCUUCAACAAUAUUUUGUAGAAGCAAGUUUAAAGCAUACAUAUAUUUAAUCGCAUAAAAACUAUGCGUUUUACAAUUUUCCAAAAAAUUAAAAUUUAAAAUACUAUCCCCGUCUAUGAUAAUAUCUGUUGAUUAUUGAUUGAUUGAAACAAUAAAGCAAAACUCUCGAACGAUGUUGUACUGAUCUGCAAGCUGCUCAGCGGCAAAUCGCUGAAAAAUACCACGAAAUUCCGAACAGUUGUGGAUAGAUACGAAGGAAAAAAAAGGCUUAUAUCGCGUGAAGAAUUUUGGAAUUUCGUAGUAAUUUGCAAGCAAGCAACUCUCGGCAGAAUAAUACAGCCACAGUACGUAUGCACUUUCUAAAAUCAUUAAUAUUAAUAAAGAAGAAAGACGCCGAAGAAAUGAUAUUAUUAUAGUGACGUAAUUGUACCAUUCUCGCUCUCAAAAACAGAAACUUUUGGGCAACAGCAUAUUAAUAUAUAUAUUUUCAAUAAAAAAUAACAAUUCGCGUCAAGUGGACGAAACAA